UUUCGCGAUAAAUCGUGGCGCCUUGAUAAAUUAUCACCGAAUGCUGAAUAAUCUUUUCGAGGAGGAGCUUACGCGGAAUAAAAAAGUUCAAACGGUAGUAUUUUCGGCAUUACGUAAGACAUGCACUAUGGCGUAUGGAUAUUUCUUGGUUUCAAGUUUAUUGAUCUUGGGGUAUUUUACGCCCCCAUAUUUCCUCAUAAUCCGAGGUCUUUUGCAUUCCCAUUUAACUACGAACUUUACCCUACCAGUCAGUGGAGGAUACGGAUAUUUCUGGACUGUUCCCACCAACCUUUUAUAUCAUCUACAUCUACUAUUCGAAACUUCCUGUUCACUCAGCUUGAUAACGGCGUACAGCGUUGACACCGCAUUUGGUUUCUAUGUCUACCAGUUCUCCUCGACAAUGCGCGCCAUGAGCUUUAGGCUCAUGAAUCCUCUGCCCACUGAAAAGUUUUUAGAUCUGCUGAGGAUGUGCGUGGAAAAGCAUCAGAGACUAAUGCGAUGUCGCGACACACUGGAGCAUGUCUAUGGACCCAUCGUCUUUUGGCAUGUUAUCUCCAACGCUGUACUUCUUUGCGCGUUGAUAUAUAACGUAACAACAUUUUCGGAUUUCAAUAAUUUAUACAUAUUUGUGUCAUAUGCUUUAAUAAAAUUGCUGCAAACAUUUACAUACUCAUGGUAUGGCACUAUUCUCACAAGUGCGGCCGAGGACUUUCGUAAUGGAAUAUACUUUGGCGAAUGGCUUAAUUCUAAUCUUAGUCGUCACGUGAGAACUAACGUUGUUCUGAUUAUGAUGCAAAAGCCAAUAACUGUAAGUGCAUUUUAUUCGCCAGUCUGUAUCACCAUGUUUACUAAUUUCAUGAAUACUACAAUAUCCUAUUUCUUCCUGUUGCAAUCAGUUGGUGAUCAAGACGGGUAGAGUUGGACGCUGCAUAUGUUUUGUAAAUCCUGGCAAAUUCGUAAAAUAAUUAUGAUACAUUAUUAAAAGAACUAACGAAGUAAAUGCAAUCAAUGUAAUCUGUUAACUAAACAUAAACAAAAGGUCUCUUAUUAUAUAAUAAAACAAGAGUUAUAAUAAAAUACACAAGUCA